AUGACACAGAUACCACCUAUACCCCUUUCCCCGGUUCUAUCACGACUGCCACCUUUACAUCCCAAAUCUCCAUUCGAUUAUAACCUAGCAUUUGGAAGUAUCGCUUUGAUCAUCCUAACUUUAUCUGCCCCUCACACAGGAGGAUGGAAGUUAUUCAGAGCUGGAAUAGCAGCGCCUAUAUCUAUAAGCGUCUUUGGAUAUAUCAUACUAUGCGCUGAGGAUGUUUACGAUAUCAAUCAUUGGGGUGUAGCUAUAUUGAUGUCGACAUUCAUGAUGCGCAUAUCAGAAUUUUUUAUCUUUUUCCCUCCCGAAGAAAAUUGUCAUAGACUCGUCCCAAAAUCAAGACUUCAUCCCACUUCGACUUCACAUCUCGAGACUACUGCUACCACCACUACAGCACCCAGACAGGAUGAAAAAGAAGAACAAGAAGAACAAGAAGUUUUGACACCUGAACCUGUACCUCAACCAUUUACUUUAUCUAAGCUAUACUGGGCAACAAGUUUAUGGUUCUCUUAUAGAGGAGUCGGUUGGAAUACAGUUUGUCCAUUAGGUGGCUCAUCGCGUCGACAUCCGUAUUUACGAAAAUCAACAAGGAAAUCAUUCAUAAAACAUAACAUCAAGAUAUACAUAUUAUAUUACCUAAUUGAUGAUUUCUUUCGUGCAAUUCGAAAUAUCUAUUCGGCACCUUUUUUCUCUGGUUUACCUGGAUCACCAACAUAUGAUAGUUUAACACAGAUUGAACGAGCUAUAAAUUCUACUGCUGUAGUAGUGAAAGUUUGGUUCGUAUUGGUCAACAGUCAUAUACUCUGGGGAAUGACAUGCGUGAUCGUAGGUGGGAUUCUUGGUUGGGAAGGUGAAAUGUUUACGCCUUGGGGAUGGCCACCUUUAUUUGGUGAUCUACAUGAGCUAUGGAGAUAUCCAGGAUUAUCAACCAUGUGGUCUAGAACAUGGCAAGGAUAUAACCGAAGAUGGCUAUACGUUCUUGGCUGGAUAGGUAUUGGCGAGAACGUAUUAGGUUUAACACACACUGGAAUAUCAGCUCAUCCUACAGUACCUAUCACCACGACAUCCACCUCUUCUUCUUCUGCAAACUCAUUACAUACAUCAGGACAAACAUCACCUUCUCAUCCUAUACCAACUUCUUCACCUAGAUUACCUACACGUCGAAUGUCAUCAAAACUAAUGAUUCAAAAUCUGAUUAAAUCACUUAUAACUUUUUUAUUAUCUGGUUUAAAUCAUGAUGUUGGAAGUUUAGCUUUGAUUCUUAAAAAUCAUCCUAAAAACCAAGCGGUAUAUCUAUCUGAUGUAAUGAGAUUAACACCUUUUUUCGUCCUUCAACCAUUCGCUCUGGCUGUAGAAGCUUUAUUCAAGACUUUGUGGAGAAGGUUAAAAUCUAAAUCAUAUAUGAAAGGUCAAGAACCGACAUGGCUGACCUUCAUGGAGAGGAUAAUAGGCUUUAUUUGGACUUGGGUAUGGCUAGGCUAUACGGCUCGAUAUUUCGUUGAAGGUAUGGCUCAAUUAGGAGUUUAUAGAAGGGAUGGUGUGGAUAGGGAAAUGUUUUUGAGCGUAUGGGGCGGUUUGAUUUGGGGUAAAUGGUGGAUCUGA